AGGAUCUACUGACAAAUUAAGGAACCAAUGAUGUCCGGUGUCAGACUCUGCAGAGAAGAUGGAAGAAAUCCUGGUGUCUGGACCAGAUGAAGAAGAAAAGUAAAGACAACAGAGAAGACGUCACUCAGGCUGUGAAUAGUCUCCAAUGGAUCACUUGCAGAUGAUGCCAAACAUCGUUGAUGACGAUGAUGAUGAAGAAGUGGAAGCAUCAGCAGAGAUAUACCUCAGUGUGUUAUGGCACUCCGGACAGCUGGCUGCGGCAUUUUAUAACUCCUGUGACUGCUCCAUUCACUUCAUGCCGGAUACUCCAGAGACAGAACAACUCUGCCUGCUUAACAGAGUGAUCGCUGAUCUGCAGCCAAAAUGUGUCCUGACUAGCGCCAAGCAAGACCAGCAUCUUACCGACUUCCUCCAGACAUUAAAACCGGCUCCAGAUGGUGCAGCUGAUGGAAGAUUCACAGCGGAGAUAUGUCUAUUUCCACGGGUGGACUUUGCACUGCCCAUCUGUAAGCAGAAGGUGCUAUCAAGAAACUUCUCUUUGCUCCCAUCUAACCUCACAGAGUCGGAGAAAAUUCUGCAUCUCUCCUCCAUCCUACCCUUUGACUGCCCUCUAAUGGUUUGCUCUUUAGGUGGGCUCCUUAAAUUUCUUGACCGGAGGCGAAUUGGUAUUGAACUGGAGGACAGCAGCGUGCAAGUCCCUAUCCUAAGUAUCAAGAAAUACGUCAUGACUGACAUUGUGGACAUGGACCAGGAUACAUUUAGUGUUUUGCAAAUAUUCAAGAGUGAAGCUCAUCCGUCUGUGUAUAAAAUGGCCUCCGGGGGGAAAGAAGGACUUAGUCUAUUUGGUCUUCUGAACCGAUGCCAGUGUAAAUGGGGUGUGCACAGGAUGAGACUGUGGUUCAUGAGGCCCACACGGAACCAGGCAGAGCUAACAUCUCGGCUCGAUGUGAUUGAAUUUUUCCUGGCACCGCACAACCAGGAGACUACCAGCAACAUUCAGCGCUGCCUCAGGAACAUUAAAAACAUCCCUAUGAUCCUGAAGCGUAUGACCCUCUCUAACACCAAGGUGACUGACUGGCAGUCUCUGUACCAGACUGUGUACAAUGCUGUUUGUAUAGGACAAUUGUGCCGCUCAUUGCCUCAUUCCGUCACUCUGUUCAGCCGAGUCUCUUCCGCUUUCAGCAGUGACCUGCACUACAUCGCCAACAUCAUAAGUAAAGUGGUGGAUUUUGAAGAGAGUGUUAGGGAGAAGCGGUUUUGUAUUAAGCCAGAAGUGGAUCCAACUGUAGAUGAAAAGAAACGUAGGCUACAAGGACUGCCAGACUUCCUAACAGAGGUUGCCCGCAAGGAACUGGAGACCUUGGACGAUCAGAUACCAUCAUGCUGUGUGAUCUACAUCCCACUGAUAGGAUUCCUUCUAUCCAUCGAGCGCCUCCCGUUCAUGCAGGACAAGAGUGACUUUGAGAUUAAAGGUCUUGAUUUCAUGUUUCUGUCUGAAGGUCGACUCCAUUACAGAAGUGCACGGACCAAAGAGCUGGAUACAGUUUUGGGGGAUCUCCUUUGUGACAUACGAGAUCACGAGACCAUAAUAAUGCAUCAACUUCAGACUUUGAUCCUGGAAAGGUCAACUGUCCUAUAUGAGGUCACUGAGUAUGUCGGGCAGCUGGACGCUCUUCUAGCCAUGGCCGUCUCUGCCCGUGAGAAUGGAUACAUUCGUCCAUGUUACACAUCUAACAACGUCAUCAAUAUAAAAGAGGGCAGACACCCCCUUAUGGUAUUUUGCUCUGGAACAUUUGUCCCAAACCCAACCAUGACUGGAGAGCAAGAAAAGAGGAUAAAAAUUGUGACGGGACCCAACUCAUGCGGGAAGAGUGUAUAUCUGAAACAGGUGGGUCUCAUUGUCUUCAUGGCUAUGAUUGGAAGUUAUGUCCCCGCCUCGUAUGCUGAAAUCGGGCCCGUGGAUGGAAUCUUCACUCGUCUACAGACACGGGAAUCUGUUUCUCUUGGCUUGUCCACCUUCAUGAUUGACCUGAACCAGGUGGCAAAUGCAGUGAAUAAUGCAACUAAGAAUUCACUUGUUUUAAUAGAUGAAUUUGGAAAAGGGACCAAUACGGUGGAUGGUCUUUCCCUUCUUGCUGCCAUUCUCAGACAUUGGAUUAAGCAGGGGCCUCUCUGCCCCUAUAUUUUACUUUCUACUAACUUUCACAGUCUAAUUCAGCUAAAAAUACUCCCAGAGAGUCCCAUAGUGCAUUAUCAGACGUUCGAGUGGUGUCUGGACGGGGAGGAGCUCGUAUUUUUCUACCAGCUUAAAGAUGGAGUAUCUGAAGUGAGUCAGGCAGCCAGGGUGGCGUCCAUGGCCGGUAUGCCAGAAGAAAUCAUCAAGAGAGGAGUAGAGGUUUCAGAGCUGUUUCGGCAAGGACGCGCCAUUCACUGCCUCCACCAGACGGCUAAGCAAGAGAAAAUAGACAAGUGUCAGAAGCUAAUCUCCAGUUUUCUUAGCCUCGACCUCGACGAUCCUCAGACCGACCUGCAAAAAUACUUGUCCGAUGAAGUGUUACCCUUCUCCUCCAUAUUCUAAACUAUUGAAUCCAGAAACUGUAGACUGAGGUUGUACGUCCGAGGUAGAUUCUGUAUUUUGUGGGGGUCAAAAUUGUUACCUUAAAGGGGAACUCCGGUGGAAAACUUUUUUUUUUUUUUUUUAAUCAACUGGU